GGCUCAAAAGGACUUCAACUCAGACAUAUAAAAUAUCUCUCUUCCCUCAAUUUCUUCCUCUCCUUUUAUUCCAAAACAAGCCAAAACUGAAGCGGAUAAGAUGAUUGCCCUCAAACACAUUCAAAUCUCUUUCAACGCCACCAGACAUACCAUUUUACAGCCGGGAAGAUUUCCCAGCACAAAGAACUCCAUCUUGCGCUUCAGCAAGUCCAAUGAUUCUGAUUCCGAAUCAGAGACUCCUUCGCCUGAGGGAGAUACUCGCAAGCAAGAGCUGCUGGUGAGGAUAGCAAUGCUUCAAGCUCAGAAAGUCCGGCUUGCGGAUUACUUAGAUGAAAGAUCAGAAUAUCUUACUAAAUUCGGAGAAGAUGCCACUGCGGAGUUUGACAAGAUUGGAGAAGAUGCCCUCAAAGGACUGGAUGAAGCCAGUGCUCGGAUAAUGGAGAAUAUGGACAGCCGCAUGCAGGCGUUUGAGGAAUCUACAGGAGUGAACAUAUCGGAGAUCGAAGAAAAUGAAAAUGAGUUAGCAGCAUUCGAAGAUCAGAUUGAAAAAGACCGAAAUGAAGGGCUAUUUUUCAAGAAUCUGACGCAGGGGAAACCCAUAAAAAAGUUAGACGCUACGGAGGAAAUAAAGAAGAUCAAGGAGCUUACUAAAAAAAGUGCAGGAUCAGAAAUCAGGAGGAAUAUUUACCUUGUAUUGAUUGGCCUGCUACUCAUAGAAAUUGUUGACUCCUUCAUCACUUCAACACCCGAUUGGAGAAAAGUUGCAUUUCUCGGGGUAAUUUUAGUGGGUUUGGUUACUCAGUUCAUCUAUGAGCAGAAAAUGCUAUCAGAAAAAGAAAUAGCAGAAGAGAAGAAGACAGAGGAAGAAAGAAGGUGAUUCCCUGCCCUUCAAGGGAAAAUAUUAUGCUGUAAACUUUUUUCCAAACCGAAUUAUAUUAGAUAAAUAUAGCUUGGGUUUACAUA